UUUCAGUUCAUGUAAUAGAUUGUAAGUGGAGAAACCGAUGUUGCUAGGCUGCAGGGUAUUUAUAGCAGCUAGGAGGAGACAUCAAUGUAAGCAGUGGCGUCACAGAAAAGGAAACGAAACUAAAGAGAGCCACAGAAAUUUGAGUGUAAACUAAGCAGACUAAAGAGAAGGCAACAGUGAACGGACUCAACUUUUCAUUUAGGCUUCUGCUUGAAACCAAAUAUAAUCAUAUUUUUCUUUUCCCCCAACUUCAUCUCUAUAGAGAUCAUGAAAUAUAAGAAACUAAAGCCCCUGUGAGGCCCAGCACAGUUUAAGAGAGAUAUCAAUAUAAAGUGAUUACCAUGGAUUUAAGCUCACAACCACUACAUGGGUCGCCUUCUGACCAGUUAAACCACAACCUAAUAGCCCCAAACCAGAGAAAUCCACAGAGGGAAGUCUCUCUAUACCAGCAAGAAUUAGUUGAACCACUGAUAUUUAAAACAAACCCAUCUGGUUUAGAAACAAUAAACCUAUACUGCCAUGAAAUGGGAUAUUUAUAUCAUCUGACAACAGGGAGUUUUUUCCGAAUGAAUACAGGUAGCCUACCAUUACUUAUGCCUGGCACAAACCAGUCUACUUUUCAACAUUCAGAGUCCCCCACUGCACGGUUGCCGUAUGAUUCAUCAUUCCACAGUUGUUAUCUAGAAUCUUCCACCCAUAAAAAAACUGCUACAUUUUCUUGCAUGGAGAGCAAACACAUCAAAACCCUCAAUAACAAACUUGCAGUACCUGCAACAGACACUGAAAGCAAAUUUUCACAAAGCUUGCAAGUUAAUAUGGUUAAAAAGGAGGCAAUAAUAGCAAAGGGAAGAUGUGCUAAAAAUUCAAAAACAAAACCUACAGCAUGUGCCAUUGGCAAACCUAUUCCACAAGUCCAGACAGAAUCUGGCUUACCUCUUCACGGUAAUCUUUUGCCAGACACCGGAAGUAAUUCUAUUGCACACAUCCAAGAAAGAGUUUCUAUAAACACAAGAAGCAUCAAGCUUACACCUGCCAGAAGUGCCAAGAGCAAAACUAAAAAGAGUGCCACAGAUGGACCUUCCCUGGCAAUCCAAGUAGAAUCUUCCCUACUUCUUCAGUGUAAUUCUGUUACAGACAAAGUUGUCAAGGGCACUAAAUGCAAGUCUAAAUCGUCCCUGGGCUUGGCACUUAAUACAGCUACACCCAAGAUCAAACCUACCAUUCACUCCAAGAGCAAAACUGCAGAAAGACCUAGCACACCAAUUAAAAUUAAAUCUAGCCUACCUCUUCCAGGUUUUUCUGUCCAAAACUCCCAAAUAACAUUUGAUACAUAUACUAAAAGGUCUAAAUAUUCCCUGGGCUUGUCAGUUAAUGAAGCUACAUCCAUGAAGAGCAUACCUACCAGAGAGAUCAACAGCAAAAAUACAGAACAUGUCAUAGACAAACCUACCCCACCAGUCAAGACAAAAUCUGCUCAGACUCUUCAGCAAUAUCUUUCUAAAAGCACAAAAAGUUAUUUUGCCCCAAGCAACCAGAGAAAAUUUGGCUCGCUCACAUAUGCCGAGUGUGUAAAAAUAAAUUUACAUAAACCAGCCAUGCCCAAGCCUGCCAAUUCACUUAUUGAAAAGACCACUGUUCCCCUACGCAAAAAUGUCCUGUCCUCCCAGAAAAAAACUACACCAACCAAAAAAACCAAACCAAGAAAAAAAUCUAAAAAGAAAAAACACAGACAGGCACAAAACAUACGUAGCAUACAAGAAGCACCAAAUAGACAAUCCAAUUCACAUCCAUUGAGGAGGUGUAAGAAAAGUUAUCCAAUUAUUUGGAGCUUUAUAAAACCCUUUAAUCGAAGAUCUAGACACCACAAGAUCCACCAACAUCGUCAAAUUGUAAAACCAACUUGUAGUAACAGAUGCAGAAAUCAUAUUAUGGCCUCAAAUGUACAUGAGAUUAUCAACAGCCCAUUUGUGAAGAAUGCAAGUAGCUGUGUGCCACCAGCACUGCUUAAUAAGCUCCUAAACUGUGAUUUUAAGAUUUGGAGCACAGCUCAGCCAUGGGCUGUGCGUAUGGAAGAGGAGGCCAUAAAGACUUAUAAAAACUUGAAAUUAGAAAAUGACAAUCAGAAAGUUCAGGUUAGUGAUUAUGAUUUUCUAACCAACUCAGAGAAGAGCUGGUUGGCUGGAGUCUGCAGAACAGUGAGUAACAGGGGCAGCAAAGACAGCUGGCCACUGCUAGUAAAGUGCUUACACAAACACCCAGAUAGUACACUGGUACAGGCUACUAAGCAUCGCUGUUUUUGUCUCAAAAAAGAAGGUUACAUUUAUACCCUGCGCAAAGAUCAUGCCUACUACACUCAGCUGCAAUUCCUUAUGGAUAUAACAGACAAUGUGUAUGCAGAGCUACUAGUGCAUACAAAUAAGGAGACUGCUAUAGUCCCAGUAUGGAUUGACUUUGACUUCUUGGAAGAGGCAGAGAAAAAACUAGAGAGAUUCUACACAGACAUUGUUUUACCCUAUCUACUAAAGAGUGGAGGUUGCAAGAUGAAGUCCCAGCAUCACAAAGAACUUUCAUGAUGCAUUUCAGUAGAAUGCACAUUUUAUGUUUUAAUAGGGGGGGGAAGAAAGUUGUAAAACCAAGGAAAAUAUAAAUUCAGGAAAUUCAAUUAUGAAUUAUAUAUUGGUGGGACCACAAAAAUUUAGGCGGAUGGUAAAAUAAGGAUUCACUUUAUUUAAUAUUUGGUAUUAUAAUCAUUUGUAUUUGUGUAUGUAUGUGUCAUAAUAAAGUUGCCUUUGUUAAUAUCCUGA